GGGCGCGCUCAUCCAGGAUAAUCUCAUAUCCAUUAUCGUUUGUUACUCAUCUCGCUUCGCAACGCAUCGUAUACUCAUCUCGCUUCGCUACACAUCGUUUACUCAUCUCGCUUCGCCACGCUUCGUUUACGUCAUCAUUGCUUCAACUUCGUCGGCUGCUCAGAACUUCCAGCUUACUAUAUCAUCCAACAUGGCUCCGUCCGUCACUGCCGCUCCCGCUCACUAUGUCUCCGUCAUGAUGUGCUCCGGUCCAUCCUCAGGGAGGGUUUUCGCUGUACUCGAACAAGACCUAGUCCACCGUAGCAAGAAGCUCAACAUCGGUUCUCACGUUCUGGUCAAGCGGCAUGAUGGCAGCAAGAGGUUCAAAGGCGUCGUUGUUCACAUGAAUCCAUUCAUCAACGCCAGAGUUCCUCCUCCAGCCCAGGCCAGCGCCGUCCCCGUCAUCACCCCGCCCAGACAACGACUCGCUAAGCGUCCACGAGAGCCAGAGCACCCAAGCCUAGCCGACAACGUAGCGGUCCACGCAGCGAAGCGGUUCAAGGCCGUUCAGUCUAUGCCUGUCACUCUACCGGGCGUCUCGUCCUUCCAGCCAGCCAUGUUGCAGAGAGGUCCACGCGGUGCUGUCCUCAUCCCCCGCUUCGACCACCAGCUUGAGCAUCCCGUGCGUCGCCUUUUCGCCACCGAUCCCUGCCCGUCAUCCCGCUACCCGAACCGACAACGCGUCCGCCGAGAGCUGAUCUACACCAAGACGUCGAUGAAGCUGAAGAGUUCGUCAGCACCUGUCAGCGUUGAGGAGCUCGACGGCAUUGUACCUCUCGACUGCCUCGACAACGUCGUCACCCUAGACCAACUCAGCGCCUUCGUCACUCAAGCGGUAGAGGCAGCCGUCGUUCCAGUCAGCCCACUUCACCCUACUCCUGUCCGGCCCGUCGCACCGACUAGCUCAGAGUUUCGCCCCGAGUUUCGCCCGCUUCGCCCAGCUCCAUACUCCCGCAGCCUCAUGGUCGCUGAGCCACGUCGAGUCAACGGGUACCGCACCGAGCGUCGCACCGCCCGCCGCCAGGACGUUAGACCACUACGAUGCGUCCUUCCUGAUCUUCUUAUGACUUCGCCACGACUGGGUUAGAACAAUCUUUUCGAUUUAUCUUGAUAUUUCACAGCUAAUUUAUUAGCGUUACUUUAGCUAAGCUAUUCUUGCCUUCAUUUUGUUCAAUAUUGUUCAAUUUCAUUCAUGUUCCUUGAGUUAAUUACAUCAAGUUUCAACUUUUUGACUGUUAGGUAAUAUUUUUCU